GCGACCCCAUCCCCGUCCGCGCCGAAGGAACCCUGGGCCGGGCCAUGGACGCAGCUGAGCCGGGGUUACCCCCGGCUUCCGAGAGCAGGAAGAGGUACAGUGACAUCUUCCGAAGCUUGGACAACCUUGAGAUCUCAUUGGGGAAUGUGACCCUUGAGAUGCUGGCUGGAGACCCUGUGCUCUCAGGAGACCCUGAGCCUGACAAGGCCCCCACAGAUACUGUGACCAGCCAGACCAGUUGUUGGAGCCAUCCUUCAGAGGGCCCUGCACCCCUCACAGGGGAGGAACUGGACCUGCGGCUGGUUCGGACCAAGGGGGGUGUGGACGCAGCUCUAGAGUAUGCCAAGACCUGGAGCCGCUAUGCCAAGGAGCUGCUGGCUUGGACGGAGAAGAGAGCCAGCUAUGAGCUGGAGUUUGCCAAGAGUGUCAUGAAGAUCGCAGAGGCCGGCAGGGGUUCCAUUCACCAGCAGAGCCACAUGCCACUGCAGUACAUCUACACGCUGUUCUUGGAGCAUGACCUCUCGCUCGGGAUCCUGGCGCAGGAGACAGUGGCCCAGCAAAGGAGGGACUACUACCAGCCCCUGGCAGCCAAGAGGACUGAGAUUGAGAAGUGGCGGAAGGAGUUCAAGGAUCAGUGGACCAAGGAGCAGAAGCGGAUGAAUGAGGCGGUGCAGGCACUGCGGCGCGCCCAGCUCCAGUACGUCCAGCGCAGUGAGGACCUGCAGGCUCGCUCCCAGGGGUCUCCAGAGGACUCGGUCACCCAGGCUUCCCCCGGACCCAGCAAGCAGCAGGAGCGCCGCCGCCGCUCACGAGAGGAGGCCCAGGCCAAGGUGCAGGAGGCCGAGGCACUGUACCAGGCCUGCAUCCGUGAGGCCAAUGUGCGGCAGCAGGACCUGGAGGCCACCAAGCAUCGGAUCGUGUCCCACGUGCGCAAACUGGUGCUUCAGGGGGACGAGGUGCUCAAGAGGGUGACCCUGGGCUUGUUUGGGCUACGGGGCGCACAAGCUGAGCAUGGACCCCGUGCCUUCUCUGCUCUGGCCGAGUGCUGUGUGCCCUUCGAACCUGGCCAGCGCUACCAGGAGUUCGUGCGGGCGCUGGGGCCCUCGGGCCCGCUGCCCCCACCGCCUGCCUUCUCCUUCCAGGAGUUUGUGCCACCAGCGCACAGCUCCCCUCUGGACACUAGGAAGAAGCUCUCAGGCCCCCUCCCUCCCCGGCUGGAUGAGGGGGCAGCUGAGCCAGGCCCCUGGGAGGAUGCAGGCCCUCGCUGGCAGGGGCCCCCCGGCCCUGCCCCAGGCAGUGAUGUGGAAAGCAUAGGUGGUGGCAGCGAGUCUCGCUCCCUGGACUCUCCAACUUCUAGCCCAGGCUCACGGCGGCUGGUGAAGGCCUCAUCUAUGGGCACGGAGUCCUCAGAUGACCUGGAGGAGAGAGACCUAGACCUGGGAGAUGGACUGGAGAAUGGGACGGCCAGCCCCUUCCGGAAAUGGACACUGUCCACUGCGGCGCAGACGCACCGGCUGCGGCGCCUGCGGGGUCCGGCCAAGUGCCGAGAGUGCGAGGCUUUCAUGGUCAGCGGGACCGAGUGUGAGGAGUGCCUCCUGACCUGUCACAAGCGCUGUCUGGAGACACUGCUGAUCCUCUGCGGACACAAGCGGCUCCCGCCACGGACCCCGCUCUUUGGGGUGGACUUCCUUCAGGUGCCCAGGGACUUCCCGGAAGAAGUGCCCUUUGUGGUGACCAGGUGCACAGCAGAGAUAGAGCACCGUGCCCUGGAUGUGCAGGGCAUUUACCGAAUCAGCGGUUCCCGGGUGCGCGUGGAGCGGUUAUGCCAGGCCUUUGAGAACGGCCGAGCAUUAGUGGAAUUGUCGGGGAAUUCACCUCAUGACGUCUCGGGGGUCCUCAAGCGGUUUCUUCAAGAGCUCAACGACUCCGUGGUCCCCUUCCACCUCUACGACGCCUUCAUCUCUCUGGCCAAGACCCUGCAUGCAGACCUUAGGGACAGUCCUGAGAGCCCCAGCCCCAGCUCUGAGGUCAUCUGCUCACUCAAGACUCUAUUGGCUCAGCUGCCUGACUCUAACUACAACACUUUGCGGCACCUGGUGGCCCAUCUGUUCAGGGUGGCUGCACAGUUUGAGGAAAACAAGAUGUCUGCCAACAACCUGGGCAUUGUGUUUGGGCCAACGCUGCUGCGGCCGCCGGGCUGCCCAGGGGCUGCUGGGGCCGGCCCAGUCGCCUGCCUGCUGGACUCAGGACACCAGGCCCAGUUAGUGGAGUUCCUCAUCGUGCACUAUGAGCAGAUCUUUGGGAUGGAUGAGCUUCCCUCGGCCACGGAGGUCCCAUCCUACAACCCCAGCCCGGCCCCCGAGCCCCUCACCACCAGCUCCCAGCCAAUACCUGGACACCUGGACCCAGAUGCCCCGUUCACUGCUUGGGCCUCAGAUCCCGGCCAAGCCCCCGAGCCCCCGAGUGCCCUGGAGAAGCAACCUGAGGCUGCACCCCCAAAGAGCCUACCCCUGCAGAGUGAGCAGAGAGAGGAAGUGGCUGCAGACCCCAGAGACGGGGGAGGCCAAGCAUCCAGCCGAGGUCCCGAGGAUGCUCCCCUGGGAACGCAGUCCCGUGGCCACUUCAGCCGCCAGCCCGUGAAGUACCCUCGGGGAGGAGUUCGGCCUGUCACCCACCAGCUGUCCAGCUUGGCCCUGGUAGCUUCCAAGCUGUGUGAAGAGACCCCUGUCACACCAGUGCCCUGUGGGAGCUUGCGGGGGCGGGGGGCUGACCCUGCUGGUGCCGCCCCUGAGAGCAGCCCCCUGCGCCGCACCCCACUGCCCAAGCACUUUGAGAUCACCCAAGAGACGGCCCGGCUACUCUCCAAGCUGCAUGUGGAGGCUGCUCCCAGAACCACCUGCUGCGUGGACCCCCAGCCUGAGGAAAUUGAAGACCAUCUCUGACCAUCCUUCAGCCUGGCAGUGAGGCCCAGGCCUGAGAAGAUGGACACUCCUUCCUCCCCAGCUCCCUUUAACCAGCAGCCAGAUAUCAGGCCUGGAGUUUAAUGCUGGGGGGGCUAGGGAGUGUGUCUCUUGAGGCCAGCUAGCCUCAGCAAGGCCUCUGUGGGACCAGACUCCAGGACCACUGCCCAGCCAGACACAGGUCAAUGCCAGCCUCUGGGCCAUUUAGGAUCAGUGCUCAGGAUCAACACAGGUCAGUGGAUCCUCAGGGUCCACCUUAGUCUCUGUGCACCCUGCCACACACACAUCCGCUCCCCCGGCAUGGGGUGGGGAGCAAGGGUGCCUUUGCUACUUUGGCUGUAGCUCUUCUCCACACCCUGCCCCUUGGCCUGUCUGACUGUUUACUGACUACAAGUGGAGGGAGUAGGCAGCACCCCACUCACCCUGGACAGGCCCCAGGUUUGGUGGGCUCUGAAUAAACCACAUCCCGUGUGUUCAAGGA